AUAGUAUUAAAAGACAUUUUUCACUUUUCUUUCAUAAAUUAAAAAUCUAAGUUUCAAAUUAAUCAUGUUUAAAUUAAAUUUGAUAAAAAUUAAAAUCAAGUUUUGAAUGAACAGUUAUAGGCGGAUAAUUAAAUUUGAUUUAACGUUGCUUAGCAACUUCACGCCAUGGUUUUGUGAUUAUGCGGUGAUAUUGAUAAGUGACAGUAUAAAAAAAUUUAUUUCGAUUCUAACUUUAUGCGGAAUAUUGAUCAUUUAAAUAAUUAAUUAUGCGGAAUAUUGAUAAUUUAAAUAAUUAAGGAAGAAUUAUUAUUAAAUUUACAUUUUUUUCGGGGACUAAAUUAUAAAGUUUUAAACUUCGUUGAUUGGAAACGUAAAGAUGGCACCGAAGAAAGGAAAAGGAAAAUCAGCAGACACUGUGGAUGGAGUGGAUACGUCAAAAAUGAACAGGGAACAAUUGGAAAUUUAUUCUCAUAAAAUCCUGGAAGAAAUGGAACGUGAGAGAGAAGAGAGAAAUUUUUUUCAAUUGGAGAGAGAUAAACUUCGAACUUUUUGGGAAAUAACACGCCAUCAAUUGGAAGAAGCUCGUGCAGUGACAAGAAACAAAGAGCGAGAAAAAGAAGAAUUGAUAGAAAAACAUGAAGCGGAAUUAACAUUAUAUAAACAAAAAGUAAAACAUUUAAUGUACGAACAUCAAAUGAAUCUCUCGUCAUCGAAAGCUGAACACAUGGUUGCGUUAAAAAUGGCACAAGACGAUUAUAUAUCACAAGAAAAUGAACUUGUUCAAGAUAAAAGACAAUUGAAGAGAGCGCAAAAUGAAAAAGAACUUUCGCAUAUGAACGAAAUUCGAUCAUUGAAAUUAACAUCGGCUGAAGAAAUGAGCAAUAUGAUGAAAAAAUUCGAGUCUGAAGCCACUGAACUGGAGCAAAAGUACGAACAAAAGAUGGCAUCUUUGUAUGAAUCAUUAAUGUUGAAACAUCGAACGGAAAUUGUCGAAACUGAAGAGCGAAGAAAUUUGCAAAUUUCGACUUUAAUAAAUAAUCACGAGAAAGCAUUUGCGGAUAUAAAAAAUUAUUACAAUGAUAUUACAUUGAAUAAUCUAUCGCUAAUCAAAAGCCUCAAGGAACAAUUGGAAAAUAUGAAAAAUCAUGAAGAGAGAAUGACGAAACAAGUUCGAGAAGUAACGAGCGAGAAUAAAAAGAAUUUCGAAGAGUUAAAAGAGGCUAAAAAUCAAAUCAGUGAUUUUACUCGACGACUAACGAAUUAUGAGAAAGAUAAACAAUUAUUAACACAUACUAGAAAAAAAUUAUCAACCGCUCUAAAAGAUAUCGAAGCCAUGAAGUGGGAAAAUGAAGUAUGCGAAUUAAGAUACAAUAAGUGCAAAUCUGAACGAGACGAAUUACACGCUCGAUUUGUAUCGGCAAUUUUGGAACUUCAACAAAAAACGGGCCUGAAAAAUGUUUUACUCGAGAAAAAAGUGGAAAAACUGUCCGAUUUGUUAGAACAAAGACAAACGCAAAUUAUAACAGGGACAUAAAAUUUCCAUCAAACCAUCUU